AUGAUUAAAAAACAUUUUUCUUUGACACUCUAUGUCAUUUUAUUCUUUUUUUAUUUCCUAACUGUGUCCUUGGCUAUUCCUACACUAAUAACUGAAAGAUCUCCUCUAUUGAAACGUGGUGAAAAAGAAAAAAAAUGUCCAUGUACUUAUAUUCACAGUCAAUUUGAUGAUGUUUAUAAAGGUGAAAUAACCCUUAUUCAAGAGGAGAAUGGUGGUACUUCUAUUUUCGGUUUUUUCUCAGAAGGAUUUGAAAAAGAUGGCGAAUAUACUUUCCACAUACUAGAUGACUAUGGGAAAUCUCUUCAUGACAUAACCGAAUAUUUAAAUAUUAAAUUCGUUAAUGGCGGUACAGGACCAUUUUCAGCAAAAAUUCCCCAAAAUAUCGACUGUGGCGAAGAUAGCAUCCUAAGCAAGCAUGGUUCACUCGAAUUACGAGCAUGUAAACCCGGGGAUAAAGUAGGAAUAAAUAAAAAGGGUUCUAAUUCUGGGCCUACUACUGGAAAGCCUG